AUGGAAGUCGAUCACAAGCUGGACGGACCUAGAAUCACCAUCAGACAGGCAGAAAGAGACAGGGUGGACUUCAUAAUGAAGGAUGUGGACUUGUCAGUCGCCAACUCCAUCCGUCGAUCGAUGCUUGCAGAAGUGCCCACAUUGGCUAUCGAUUCUGUCGAAAUCGAGGUCAAUACGUCGGUGUUGGCAGAUGAAUUCAUCUCGCAUAGAUUGGGGUUAAUCCCGUUGAUCAGUGAAGGGAUAGAUCAGUUAUCUUAUACCCGUGACUGUACGUGCUUGGAGUACUGUGCCAAUUGCUCGGUCAAGCUUGAGUUAACUGCCAAGUGUGACACGGAUCUGACCAUGAACGUUUACUCCACGGACCUUGCAAAGUUUCAUAACGGUUCCAAGUUGGGGGAUCCUGUUGUACGCGACCACCCCCAUAACAAGGGUCCACUAAUCUGUAAGCUCAGAAAGCACCAGGAGCUCAGACUCACGUGUAUCGCCAAGAAGGGGAUCGCCAAGGAACACGCCAAGUGGUCUCCCUGUGCAGCUGUUGGGUUCGAGUACGAUCCUUGGAACAAGUUGAAGCACACAGAUUAUUGGUACGAAGAAGAUGCGGAAGCUGAAUGGCCCAAGCUGGCCAACUGUGAGUGGGAAGAAGCUCCAGACCCAGAUGCCAAGUUUGACUACACUGCAAAGCCAGACACCUACUACAUUGAUGUGGAAACGGUGGGGAAUUUGCCUCCAGACGAAGUUGUUUUGAAGGGAAUCGAGACCUUGCAGUUGAAGUUGGCUGGUAUCUCUAUGGAGCUAAACAAAGACGGUAUAGAAGCCAGUGGAGCCAACGCUGGAGGUUUCACAACGUAUGGAAGAUCUCCAGGAGGAAAUACUCCUGGCGGCAACAGCGCAUAUGGAUCCGGAGGAUUUGGAAAUUCAUCAUGGAACUAA